UUCUUCUAAAGGGUUUUUUUUUUUCGCCCAGCUUUAUUGAUAGCCGUGAAUGACGUGUUCAAUGAUUCAGUGAGUCAGCUCUAAGAGAGAGUCAUGAGGCUGCUACAUACUCUGCUGUCGGUGGUCGCCGUUUGCCACUUUUCCGAUGCCACGCUAUCAAAGACCGACUCAAAGAAAACCUCCACAAAACCCGCUGAAACAAAGAAUAGACUUUCUGAUGUUCCUGUGCAGUCCAGAGGACUUGUUUCCACUGACGUCAAAGCCAAAGAUGUAGUGCUGGAGCAUAGAAGUUACUGUGCCAAAAAGGUCAAGGAGCGGCAUGUGACUGGAGAUGUGCUGGGAUACAUCACCCCUUGGAACAGCCAUGGCUACGAUCUGGCAAAAACAUUUGCUGCUAAAUUCACCCUCAUCUCUCCAGUCUGGCUGCAGAUCAAGAGAAAGGGCAGAGAGUCCUAUCAGGUGUCUGGACUUCAUGAUAUAGACCAAGGAUGGAUUAAAGACAUCAGGAAGAACUCAAAGAGCACACAUAUUGUGCCUCGUAUCCUGUUUGAUGGGUGGUCUUAUCAAGACUUCGAGAGUGUGUUCAGCAGUGAAGAUGAGAUCGAGGAACUUUCCAAUGCCUUAGUUCAGACAGCAAAGGAAGAACACUUUGACGGCUUUGUGGUGGAGGUUUGGAGUCAGCUCGGUGGGCAGAAGCGACAGGAGCUGGUUCACUUGCUGACACACAUUGGAGAAGCACUACAUGUCGCCAAGCUACAGUUCAUUCUUGUUAUUCCACCUGCAGUGGCACCAGGCACUGACCAGCUUGGCAUGUUUGGAAGAAAGGAGUUUGACCUGUUGGCUCCAAUUGUGGACAGUUUUAGCCUCAUGACGUAUGACUAUUCAAACCCACAGCGACCUGGACCCAAUUCCCCGAUCUCAUGGGUACAAGCCUGCGUGCAGCUUCUGGAUCCAGAGUCCAAAUGGAGAAAGAAGAUCCUGCUUGGGCUGCAUUUCUAUGGCAUGGAUUACUCCGCAUUAGGGGCAUCUGGCGAGGCUAUACUUGGAAGCAGGUACAUAGAGAUCCUCAAAGAGCACAAGCCAAAGCUAUUGUGGGACCAGCACAUUGCAGAGCAUUACCUGGAAUACAAAAAGAAUAAAGGAGGAAAGCAUGCUGUCUUCUACCCAACAUUAAAGUCCAUCCAGGUGCGUCUGGACCUUGCAGAGGAACUAGGUACUGGAAUAGCUAUCUGGGAGCUGGGCCAAGGCUUGGACUAUUUUUAUGACCUUCUAUGAUAGCACAAGAAUGGAUAAAUACUAGUCAUGGCUUCUUCUAUUGAUAAUUCUGGAAAUUUAAUGGGCAGAUGUUUAUGGGAAGUUGGGGGUUGGGGGGUCAACAGAUCAAAGGUGGGCUGGCAAAUAUUUUGUGUUUAGUAUAAAUGUGUCGGUGGUACAUCUCAGCGAAGAGGUGAAAACAAAGCAAUUACUUGAUUGAAUCAUAUUUCUUUUUAUUGAUUAUUUUUUUUAAUUGCUUAUUUUUUUCUGUAUGUAUUGUUUUGAAAUCUGAAUUAUGUUUAAGUGCCCUCACAAUGUUUUCUUGACCUGUUGUUAAAAAAAAAGCCAAAACUCUGGUCCUUAACCAACUCUAGUUGUGAAUCUUAUCUACUUUAGUAACUAUGCAAUCUGGGGUACUCGUUAUGUGUUCUUAUACCUGGAGCCUUAUAUGGUCAUCUUCAUGGAAGUGGUUUGGACAGUGGUGUGGGAGUGGCCCAAAUAGUGGGAGGGGCCUUAAUUAUGAAUGUAGACGUCCUUCUGUGUCAUGCCAAGGUUUAAUUAGAAAAUUCAUGUUUAGACAUUGUUAAUUUAUGUUUCAAAGCAACAAUAUUUUUUACAGACAUUAUGGCUGCGAUUACCUUUUUCCAAUUUUUUUUCCUUCUUUUUUUAAAAGCAUUCUUUAGUUGAUUUAUUUUUUGUAUAAUAUGUUUUACUGGUAUUGUGCUGAAUUUUGCGAUACUUUUAAUUAAUAUUUGAAGAGACCUGGUGAUGUGAAGUUUAGUAGGAUCUAAAGAAAGCCAUGUUUCGUAACUGCUAUUUUACUGAAAUGCUAAUUGGCAGAGUUAAAAAAAAUUAAACCAGAACUUAGUGGAAAUAAAGACACCUUUCAAACAUA